AUGGCAUCUUUUGUGCCGAAGCCAGGCCCCGCUCAUCUCUCCAGGAAUGCUGGUCUAAGUGAGUGGCUGGAAGAGGCAAAGCAGUGUCGAUAUCUUCCAGAGUAUGUAAUGAAGCAACUCUGCGAAAUGGUCAAAGAGUGUCUGAUGGAAGAAUCAAAUAUUCAACCAGUCACCACACCUGUCACAGUAGCUGGUGAUAUUCAUGGGCAGUUUUACGAUAUUCUGGAACUGUUCAAGGUAGCAGGAGGAAUGCCUGGCGAGACAAAUGUUGAGCCUCCAGUUUCACAAUCAAAGAUCAUCAAUUCUGAUGACAUUGAACCUCCAACCCAAAUUACGAAUCCAAGGUUACAAAAGAUGAUAAAAAAUCCUAGUUUUGUGAUAGAGGAAGAUGAUGAAUAUCAAGAUGAAGAACCACGUGGUCGCUCACGCACUACUGAAAGUCCAUACUCAACCCACAACUACACGAAUAGCGCAAAUGAACCCAAUCGUGACGGGAAUCAAAAUUUUAUAUUUCUCGGCGACUUUGUUGAUCGUGGAUACUUUAGCUUGGAGACAUUUACUUUGCUAAUGUGCCUGAAAGCUAUGUACCCAGACAAGAUUACCCUUGUUAGGGGGAAUCACGAGUCUCGCCAAAUCACUCAGGUCUAUGGUUUCUACGCUGAGUGCUUGCAAAAGUAUGGAAAUGCAUCUGUAUGGAAAUCUUGCUGCCAGGUCUUUGACUUUCUAGUCAUAGCUGCCAUAAUUGAUGGUGAAGUCCUCUGCGUUCAUGGCGGGCUGAGCCCUGAGAUCCGAACCAUGGACCAACUACGGGUGUUAGCCCGUGCUCAGGAAAUACCUCAUGAGGGUGCCUUCUGUGAUCUAGUUUGGAGUGAUCCAGAGGAGGUUGAGACCUGGGCCAUAUCUCCACGUGGUGCUGGAUGGCUGUUCGGCGAUAAGGUGGCCACUGAAUUCAACUACGUGAACGGCUUGAAGCUUAUUGCCCGAGCUCAUCAGCUGGUCAAUGAAGGAUAUAAAUACCAUUUUGUAGAGAAAUCAGUUGUCACUGUAUGGUCGGCUCCCAAUUAUUGUUACCGUUGUGGCAAUGUUGCAUCCAUCAUGAACCUCGAUAAAGACCUUAAUCCCAAGUUCAGUAUUUUCAGUGCUGUUCCAGUUGAAAACCGAUCCUUACCUGUUGGCUACUGGGGGGGUGGGGAAUAUUUCUUGUGA